CCGAGCCCGGGCUCAGCCCCAGCCCUGGCCCCAGCCCCGGGAGGGGGGGUGCGUGCGGUGGGGGAUGCCCCAGCGCCCGCAGGGGACCCCCCGGCCUCGGGCUUCCCCAGCUGGGGCGAACCCCGAGGAGCACUGCCUCUCUGCUCUCUACCCCAGGCCAGAGCGGGGCCAGACCCUCGCCGUGCACCCCCGCCCCUGAGGGGGGGCUUUAGCUGAGGGUCGCACCCAGCCUCAGGGGGCCCCCCCACACCUGGGUCCCUGGGAGGAUCAUUCUACGAUCAUUCUACCUCGACUUCCCCUCAAUAAGAACUCCGUAACCAGCUUCUCCUGCCCCUCCCCCAAGGGCCUGACACCUGAGGACCCCCACCUCUUCUAGCUGCCCCCCAGGGACUGACUGGUUACUUGGUGGGGCCCUGGGGGGGGGCAAAGGGAGUAGUACUUGUACCAGAGUCACUCCUCACCAGGUCCAUACCCUGGCCAGGAUGGGUCAGCUAGGGGUUCCCUGUUAGCCAGGACUUUACCCAGCAUCCUCUUGGCAAAGUGGGCAUCUGGGGGGGUGGAGGCUUUGACUCCUUCCCCCCUUUGCCCCCUGACGCUGCUGCCCCCCUUAGUCACCAUGGACACCAAGCUGCCCCCAGCGAGCACCCCAACCAGCCCUUCCUCCCCGGGGCUAUCUCCAGUCCCCCCACCGGACAAAGUAGAUGGCUUCUCUCGGCGGUCCCUCCGGCGGGCCCGGCCCAGGCGCUCCCACAGCUCUUCCCAGUUCCGAUACCAGAGCAACCAACAGGAGCUCACCCCCCUACCGCUGCUCAAGGACGUCCCAGCCUCCGAGCUCCAUGACCUCCUGAGCCGCAAGCUGGCCCAGUGUGGGGUCCUCUUUGAUUUCCUGGAUUGUGUGGCUGACCUGAAGGGGAAGGAGGUGAAGCGAGCAGCCCUCAAUGAACUGGUGGAGUGUGUGGGGGGCACCCGGGGUGUCCUCAUUGAACCAGUGUAUCCGGAUAUCAUCCGCAUGAUUUCAGUGAAUAUCUUCCGGACACUGCCACCCAGUGAGAAUCCUGAGUUUGACCCUGAAGAAGAUGAACCCAACCUAGAGCCUUCCUGGCCACACCUGCAGCUGGUCUAUGAGUUUUUUCUACGUUUCUUGGAGAGUCCAGACUUCCAACCCUCAGUGGCCAAGAGAUAUGUGGACCAGAAGUUUGUAUUGAUGCUCCUGGAGCUGUUUGACAGCGAGGACCCCCGGGAGCGUGAGUACCUCAAAACCAUCCUGCACCGGGUCUAUGGCAAGUUCCUGGGCCUUCGUGCUUACAUUCGGAAGCAAUGUAACCACAUCUUUCUUCGGUUCAUCUAUGAGCUAGAGCAUUUCAAUGGUGUGGCUGAGCUGCUGGAGAUCCUAGGGAGUAUCAUCAAUGGGUUUGCAUUGCCCCUGAAGACUGAGCACAAACAGUUCCUGGUGCGAGUCCUGAUUCCCCUACAUUCAGUCAAAUCUCUCUCCAACUUCCAUGCCCAGCUGGCAUAUUGCGUAGUACAGUUCCUGGAGAAGGAUGCCACCCUGACCGAGCAUGUGAUCCGGGGAUUGCUCAAAUAUUGGCCUAAAACCUGCACCCAGAAGGAGGUGAUGUUCCUGGGGGAGAUGGAGGAGAUUCUGGACGUCAUCGAGCCCUCCCAGUUUGUCAAGAUUCAAGAACCACUCUUCAAACAGGUCGCUCGAUGUGUCUCCAGCCCCCACUUCCAGGUUUCAGAGCGGGCUCUGUAUUUCUGGAACAAUGAGUACAUCCUGAGCCUCAUUGAGGACAAUUGUCACACCGUGCUGCCCGCUGUGUACGGGACCCUCUACCGAGUCUCCAAAGAGCAUUGGAACCCGACCAUCGUGUCUCUGAUCUACAACGUGCUUAAAACCUUCAUGGAGAUGAAUGGAAAGCUGUUUGAUGAACUCACAGCUUCCUACAAACUGGAGAAGCAGCAGGAGCAGCAGAAGGCCCAGGAGCGGCAGGAGCUGUGGAAAGGCCUGGAGGAGCUCCGACUGCGGAGGCUGCAGGGGACAGAUGAAGCUUUGCUCCAUCGGCUUGGGGCCAGGACAGCCCCAGGAGGGGAGCAGAGCUAGAGGGACCCCCAUCCCCGCCACACACACACACAUGCACACACGCAGAUGAACCAUUCACCCCAGCCCCACUGCUCCCUAACCCCCAGCCUACCCCCAGGGGCAAUGCCAGAGUAUGAGGCAAGGCCCCCCAACCUGACCACCCCGGUCAGACCUGGGGGGAGAGGGGAGAAGAUGGGGCAUCUAGGGGGGGCAGAAUCCUCCAGCCAUCCCAAAUGGACUUGAUGGGCUAAGGGCCCCCAGGAGCUGUCAGCAAGGGGUUGGCACUCCCCCAGGCUGGGCUCCGGUAGCUUCAGGGGCCCCAUUCCCCCCUCCCACCUCACCCCAAAUGACCCUGGAACCCUCCCCAGGACCCUGGGAGCACCUCGUGCCAGCGCGAGGGCCUUCCCUCUCUCCCUGCCUGCCCCAUGGACUCCAGGAUGUAUUUAUUGCCCUUCCCCCAGCCUCAGUCUUGGGGUACCCCCUCCUCCUGCAAAACUUCUUCCCCUUUUUAUUUAUUGGGCAGGGAGUGGCUAGGGGAGGGGGCAGGGGAGAAGGGGCUCCCAAGGUCCUGGGGAUGGGGGGGUUCCUACAUGAAUCAUGAUCUGGGCCCCUCUUCCCACUCUUGGGGGCAGAUUGAAUAAAGAGAGAAACUCCA